UUUAAUCACAAAAUCAACACACAAACACAUUCACUUCUAAAUUACCUAUCAAUUCCCAAUGGCAUCAUCCAUGACCAUGACCGCCUCCUUCUUUGGUGGCGCCGUCGCCGCCAAGCCGGCCGCGGCCACCACACGCCGCAGCCAGCUGGCAGUGAGGGCCUCGAUGGACUUGGAGAAGGCGGUGGAGAAGAACAGCAACACGAGACGGGGCCUCAUGUUGGCCGCGGCUGGCGCAGCAGCAGUGUCAUCCGUCGCGAAGGUCGCGAUGGCCGCCGACGAUAAAAUCCAGAUGUCCGGUGGCUGGACGGAGGUCAAGGAUCCAAGUGCACCGGAGUAUUUAAUACUGGCGACAUUCGCGGUGUCGGAAUACAACAAACAGAAUAACAAGGCCUUGACUUUGAACUCCGUGAUAAAGGCUGAGACGCAGGUGGUGGCUGGUGUGAAUUACAGGCUGCGGAUCUCGGCCCGGGAUGAAAUACGCCCGAACGGCACCUUCCAGGCAGUUGUUUACUCCCAGGCCGCGCCGACAUCCCUUCAGCUCACUGACUUCGUGGGAAUUUCUCGCUAGCUUUCCCGAUUGCCGGAUUGUGUAUCAGUUAAUAAAGUGUGUGAAAUAACUAUCUCCACACCUUCCCAAGCCUCUAUGUAAGGCUUUUUCAUCAAUAAAAUUUCCCUCUUCUCUCUUGUUCAUAUCGGUUUCUUGCCAUUUUACUAAUCCAAUAGUGUUGGGAUAUGUAUGAUAUGUCUUGAGUUGGACUCUCUUGAUACGAAUCGGGAAAGAACAGUAAAAGAAAAAAUAAACAUGAAAACAAACCUAAUUUUAGAAUCGAUGAUCAAUCUUGCAAAUGGAGCAGGAUCCGAUCUUAUCUUCCUACUUGGUCACGUAAUCUUUCCAUCUUGUCGGUCUCAUGAUCGCAAGCUUUGGAUGCCGGCUCAUUGAUUUCAUUGCUCUCACUCGAUACAAAGAUUAUAGCUCUGGAUAUAGGUCAUUAUCAUUGUAAUCUUUUUAUUAUCUGAGACGUAGAUUCGAGUUUGUUUUAUUGGUUUUAUUGGUUUUUUCUCA